UCCGGGCGCUGUUCGCUCCCAGUUCCCUCCCAGCGUUCCCAGUAAGAGCCGGACUGGCAGGGAGAGCGCUCCCAAUUCCCUCCCGCUGAUCUCAGGAUCGUUCCCAGUAUUCUCAGUGCUGUUCCUGGUGCUCCCAGUGUCGCUCCCAGUGCUGCGCGGGGCGCGGCCGCUUUGGGAACCCUCCCCCCCCCCCCACCUAGGGCAGAGCACGGCUGCUUUUGGGUGUCGGCACCUGCCCGGGUCGGGCUGGGAGCGGAGAAGGAGCGGGAGGAAGACGAGGGAGAGAGGAGGAGAAGGAGGAAGAAGAGCAGGAAUAGGAGGAAUAGGAGCAGCAGCAGCAGAACCAAGCGGUUCUCCUGCCCGCCUGCUCAGGCCGCAGCUCCCCCGGCUCCAGCAGCAUCGCCCCCCCGGAACCCACAGCUGGAUUUCCCAUUCCCAAACCUUUGCCUGAUGCAGGAGGAGGCUGCAAGGAAGAGAAAGAUGGCUCGGGAGCCUAAGGCAGAGCAGGAGCUCAGGACAGAGACCAGGGAGGACAAAUCCCCGGGGCAGAACCUGGUGGAAGAGUCCGUUUUGAGCUGCUCCACAGUGCAGGAAUCCAGUGGGGAGGAAAAGCCCUGGAGAUGCCGCACGAGGAGGGGCUGCAAACGUAAAUCACAGGGAUCCGAGGAAGAAAGACCCACCCUGGUCCAGGGAGGUGGACGAAGCUCGGAGCUGGGGGUCAGUGAGCAGCUUCAGGAUGAGGAGAAGCCCCACAAGUGCUCGGAAUGUGGGAAGAGCUUUAGUAAGAGAUUCUCGCUAUUGCGCCACUGGAGAAUCCACACGGGGGAGAGGCCCUACGAGUGUGGGGACUGUGGAAAGAGCUUCUUCGAGCACUCCAAGCUGAUUGUCCACCAGAGGAGCCACACAGGGGAGAGGCCCUAUGAGUGUGAUAAAUGCAGGAAGAGAUUUCAGAUCAGCUCCACUCUCGUCAGGCAUCAGCGGAUUCACACAGAUGAGAGGCCCUUUCUCUGCCCCGACUGCGGGAAGGGAUUCAACCGUAACUGCACCCUCAUCAAGCACCGGCACAUCCACACCAGGGAGAAGCCCUAGGAGUGUCCCGAGUGUGGCAGGAGCUUCUCACUGAGCUCUCACUUGACCAAACACCAACAGAUUCACGAUGGGGAGAAGCCUCACAAGUGCUUGAAAUGUGGGAAGAGCUUCAAGAAGAGAUCCUCUCUGAUUUGUCACUGGAGAAUCCACAUGGGGGACUGCCCGUACGAGUGUGGGGAGUGUGGGAAGGGCUUCACCCAGAGCUCCUACCUGACUGUCCACCAGAGGAGCCACACAGGGGAACAGCCCUAUAAGUGUGGGGAAUGUGGAAGGAGCUUCAGGACCAGAUCCAAACUUAUCCACCACCAGAUGAUCCACACUGGGGAGAGGCCCUAUGAGUGUGAUAAAUGCAUGAAAAGGUUUCAGAACAGCUCCAAUCUCCUCACACAUCAACGGAUUCACACACAUGAGAGGCCCUUCCGCUGCCCUGACUGCGGGCAGGGCUUCAAAUGCAACUUCCACUUUGUCACCCACUGACUCAUCCACACUGGGGAAAGGCCCUGUGAGUGUGAGGAGUGUGGAAAGAGCUUCGGACGCUCUGAACUGAUUGUCUACCAGAGGAUCCACACAGGGGAACAGCCCUAUAAGUGUGACAAAUGCAGGAAGAAGUUUCAGAGCAGCCACCAUCUCUUCUUGCACAAGCUGAUUCACACAGAGGAGAGGCCCUUCCUCUGCCCCAACUGCAGGAAGGGCUUCAGGUACAACUGUAACCUCUUCACCCACCAGCACAUCCACACUGGGGAGAGGCUCUGUGAGUGUCCCGAGUGUGGCAGGAGCUUCUCACAGAGCUCUCACUUGACCAAACACCAGAAGCUUCAUGAUGAGGAGAAGCCCCACAAGUGCUCAGAAUGUGGGAAGAGCUUCAAGUUCAGAUCCGAGCUGAUCCGCCAUUGCAGAAUCCACACAGGGGAACGGCCCUACGACUGUGGGGAAUGUGGGAAGAGCUUCAGGACAAGCUCUGAACUAACCAUCCACCGGAGAAAUCACACCGGGGAACGUCCCUAUGAGUGUGAGGAGUGUGGGCAGAGCUUCCAGAAGAGCUGCCACCUGACCCGCCACAUAGGGAUCCACACAGGGCAAUGGCCCUUCAAGUGUGGGCAGUGUGGGAAGAGCUUGAGGUCGAGGUCUGAACUGAUUGUCCACCAGCGGAGCCACACGGGGGAGCGGCCCUUCGAGUGUGGGGAGUGUGGGAAGAGCUUCAUGUCCAAGUCCCACCUGAUCUACCACCAGAGGACCCACAGCGGGGAGAGGCCCUACGAGUGUGAUAAAUGCAAGAAGACAUUUCCAAUCAGCUCCAGUCUCAUUCUGCACCAGCAGCUUCACACAGAUGAGAGGCCCUUCCGCUGCCCUGACUGCGGGAAGGGCUUCACCCGCAACUGCAAUCUCAUCAAGCACCGGCGCAGCCACACCAGGGAGAGGCCCCACGAGUGUUCUGAGUGUGGGAAGAGCUUCUCAGAGAGGGAUGCCUUGACCAGACACCAACGGAGCCACCACUAAGGGAAGCCCUGCGAGUGCCAUGAGUGCGGGAAGAGCUUCGUGCACUGCUCCAGCUCCAUCCCCCAUGGGAGGAUCCCCGUGGGGGAGUGGGUGGAAAUGGAAGUUCAGGGAGUUCCCAGUGCCCGGAAAUUGCGGUUCGGGGAAUUCCGGGUGUCGAGGGUCCCCCUCACCUCUCCCCGGCCCCCUACGAGCCCCUCCAAGAGCGCCCCCAGCCCCAGCGCUGGAGCCCGCUACGGCCCCACCCCCAGAGCCACCAUUGUUGUUGCUCCUUCUUGCCCACCAAUAGUAUACUGCGAUUUCUGUGACGUCAUCAGUUGCUGGGCAGAUUGCGGCGGCGCAGAGCAGGGAACGAAAGCGAAAGUGCCUGAGGGAGCUCAGGGGAAUUCCAGGGAAUUCCCCGGGAUCCCCUCCUGGGAUCUCCCGGGACCCUCCUCGGCCUUCCCUGCUGGACCUGCGCUCAAACUCUGCGGCGGCUGCUGGGAAGGUGGCACAUCCCUAGAUGGAUCAAAAUCAAGCCACCAAGUGCUUCUGGCAACAUUCCAGGACCCCCGAGCCCCCCCAAGGGUUCUCUCGGUAGCUCUGGACAUCAGGAGUGAUGUGCUGAGCUCCCACAAGGAUUUCCCAUUCCCAAACCUUGGCCUGAUGGAGAAGGCAGAGGCUGUGAGGAAGAGGAACAUGGCACAGGAGCACCAGGCAGAGCAGGAGCUGAGCAUGGAGUCCAGGGAGGACAAAUCCCCGGGGCAGAACCUGGUGGAAGAGGCUGUUUUGAGCGGCUCCACGGCACAGGAACCCAACGGGGAGGAAAAGUCCUGGAGAUCCCGCACGAGGAGGGGCUGCAAACGCAGAUCGCAGGGAUCUGAGGGGGAAAGACCCAGCCUGGGCAGGGCAGGUGGCCAGAGUUCAGAGCUGGGAGUCCAUGAGAAGCUUCAUGAUGGGAAGAAGCCCCACAAGUGCUUGGAAUGUGGGAAGAGCUUCAGGUGGAGAUGCCAACUCAGCUCCCAUUGCAGAAUCCACACAGGGGAACGGCCCUACGAGUGUGGGGAGUGUGGGAAGAGCUUCAGCCACAAAUCUAACCUCAUUGGCCACCAGAGGACCCACACUGGGGAGAGCUACGAGUGUGAUCAGUGCAGGAAGAGGUUUCAGACCAGCUCCCAUCUCCUCAGGCACCAGCAGAUUCACACAGAGGAGAGGCCCUUCCUCUGCCCCGACUGUGGGAAGGGCUUCAAGGGCAAAUCUGAACUUGCCAGCCACCAGCACAUCCACAAUGGGGAGAGGCCCUACGAGUGUCCCGAGUGUGGGAAGGGAUUCAGCCAGAGCUCCUACCUGAUUGUUCAUAAGAGGAACCACACCGGGGAACGGCCCUAUGAGUGUGGGCAUUGUGGGAAGAGCUUCAGCCCUGGAACUGUCACCCUGUCCCGCUUCCUGGUGUCCCCUGUCCAGGAUUCCCUUCUCCCUACUGUCACCCCACUUGCUCGCCAACAACUCCUGUUGUCAUCAUAUUUUAAGUCCUAUACCUUCUCGGUGAUUUUUCAUGGGAAGCUCCUCACAGCACUGACUCCUUCACAGCACAACCAAAUAACCACGCCCUUCGGUUUGGCCCCGCUCACCGCAGUCUGCAGCCGCCUCCGGGCGCUGUUUGCUCCCAGUUCCCUCCCAGCGCUCCCAGUAAGAGCGGCACUGGCAGGGACAGCGCUCCCAAUUCCCUCCCGUUGUUCUUACUAUCAUUCCCGGUGCUCUCAGGAUCACUCCCAGUGCCGCGCGAGAGGGGGCGGCUUUGGAACCCCCCCGCAGGGCACAGCGCGGCUGCUUUUGAGUGUCGGUACUGCCCGGGCCGGGCUGGGAGCGGAGGAGGAGCGGGAGGAAGAGGAGGAGCGGGAGGAGCCCCAAUCCCACGCGCUUUCCCCGCUCAGGCUGCAGUUCUCCCGGCUCCUGCUGCAUCGCCCCAUCCAGGAGUCACAGGAUUUCCCAAACCUUGGCAGGAUGAAAAAGGAGGGUGCUGCAAGGAAGAGGAAGAUGGCCCAGAAGCCCCAGGCAGAGCAGGAGCUGAGCAUGGAGUCCAGGGAGGACAAAUCCCCGGGGCAGAACCUGGUGGCAGAGGCUGUUUUGAGCGGCUCCACGGCGCAGGAACCCAACAGGGAGGAAAAGCCCUGGAGAUCCCGCACGAGGAGGGGCUGCAAACGCAGAUCGCAGGGAUCUGAGGGGGAAAGACCCAGCCUGGGCAGGGCAGGUGACCAGAGCUCGGAGCUGGGAGUCCAUGAGAAGCUUCAUGAUGGGAAGAAGCCCCACAAGUGCUUGGAAUGUGGGAAGAGCUUCAGGUGGAGAUGCCAACUCAGCUCCCAUUGCAGAAUCCACACAGGGGAACGGCCCUACGAGUGUGGGGAGUGUGGGAAGAGCUUCAGCCACAAAUCUAACCUCAUUGGCCACCAGAGGACCCACACCGGGGAGAGGCGCUACGAGUGUGAUCAGUGCAGGAAGAGGUUUCAGACCAGCUCCCAUCUCCUCAGGCACCAGCAGAUUCACACAGAGGAGAGGCCCUUCCUCUGCCCCGACUGUGGGAAGGGCUUCAAGAGCAAAUCUGAACUUGCCAGCCACCAGCGCAUCCACAAUGGGGAGAGGCCCUACGAGUGUCCCGAGUGUGGGAAGGGAUUCAGCCAGAGCUCCUACCUGAUUGCCCAUAAGAGGAACCACACCGGGGAACGGCCCUAUGAGUGUGGGCAUUGUGGGAAGAGCUUCAGCCGAAGCUCCUGCCUGAUCAAACACCAGAUAAUCCACACCGGGGAACGGCCCUAUGAGUGUGAUCAAUGCAGGAAGAGGUUUCAGACCAGCUCCUGUCUCCUCAGGCACCAGCGCAUUCACUCAGAGGAGAAGCCCUUCCGCUGUGCCAAAUGCAAGAAGGGCUUCAGGUUCAAGUCUAGCCUUGUCACCCACCGGCGGAUCCACACCGGGGAGAGGCCCUACGAGUGUCCCGAGUGUGGGAAAAGCUUCGCAGUGAUCUCCACCCUCAUUAUCCACCACAGGAGACACACAGGGGAACGACCCUUUGAGUGUCCCCAGUGUGGGAAGAGCUUCAGCACAAGCUCCAGCCUGACCCGCCACAAGAGGAACCACACAGGAGAGAGGCCCUACGAGUGUGAGGAAUGCAGGAAGAGGUUUCAGACCAGCUCCUCUCUCCUCCUGCACCAGCGCAUUCACACAGAGGAGAGACCUUUCCGCUGCCCUGACUGCGGGAAGGGCUUCAAGCAGAACACUGCUCUCAUCAGCCACCGGCGCAUCCACACUGGGGAGAGGCCCUACAAGUGUGGGCAGUGUGGGAAGAGCUUCAGCAGGAGCUCUCACUUGACCCAACACCAGCGGAGGCAGCACUAAGGUGCAGCCCUGUGAGUUCCCCGAGUGUGGGAAGAGCUCUGUGUACUGCUCCAGCUCCAUCCCCCAAGGGAGGAUCCUCACAGGAUGAUCCCCAGUGAGCCCUGCUGGGCAGAGCCCUGCUGGUGAUCCAUGGUACCAGUGAUACGUGUUGGGAAGACACCUGCCUGGGGGGCUCCACAUCCUCCUGGUUUCCUAUGGCCUAGAUUUUCUUUUCAUUUCUCUUUGUCUUUUCCAAACAACCAAAACCAGGGUGAAAAUAAAGA